AUGGUUCUCAGUGCUGCUCCUCUUUCGAGGACAGGGCCUGUCAAGAGGUCCGCCUCUAGCCUUGGGGCUGAUAGCCUUGGUUGGGAAACUGCUCCGGUCAUGAACUCCCCUCUCCGUGCAACAGUCAACAUGCCCUUCACCCAUUACUCGCUUAUCUAUCUGGACCACAUGGGUCAUUUGCAAGUUCAGGAGUCGCCUUCGAUCAACGACCAGAACCUUACCGUCUUCACGAACGACGUGCGCGAGAAGUUCCUGGAAAUCCUAGGUUCAAAGAUCAACUACAGCAAGCCAUUGAUUCGCAGUAUCCCAGCUGCUUUGAGCUAUGAUCGCAUGGACGAAAAAUACCGGCGUCAGGCCAAGAGGCGCAAGACUCAACCUGCUCCUCCUUCUGAUAAGCUGCAAUACUCGAACCCUGACACAAACGCCAUGCAAGACCUGCCCCCUGUUGCUGCCGUUCACAGGGUUGCUCUGAUGAUCGGCGAUUCGGACAAGGUGCUCCGGUAUUACCAGGUUGCCUUGAAGCACUUCCAGCAAACCAACUGCCGUGUCGUUUGCAAGGCAUUUAUCAAAGUCAUCGAGCCGCGCAAGCAAGUCCGACACCCCUAUAACGGUGGCCGAGCCAAACCGGGAGCGCCCCCUGGUUCUAGGGGGGACCCAGAGUUGACCAAGCCCGCAUGGUGGCCAGCUCAUGUGAUCCACAGAGAGCCUGAUCACCUUAAGAAGAAUGAGCGACUUGAACUUCUGCUCCACAUCAUCCGGAAUCUCUCCUCCAACGGCUUCACCGCUGAAGCUUUGCAGGAAGUUGCCCACGACUGCAGGCGACAAAUCCAGGACGACAAAAUGCCCAUCUUGAACGAGAUAUUUAGAGUGCGCAAGAUGGAGGAACGAUACGAGAGGGGCGAAAUUGAUGCAACCACAAUUGUAUAUGUCCAGGCAAGGGAGGACAAGGAGGACAAGGAAGAAAAGGAGCCCGCAUCCCCAGCCGAGCCUGUACAGAAGAUCGAGCCGGAAGAGACAGAGGCGAACGAGGUCAUCAUCCCGGCAACAUCUUCAAUGGCAGACUUUUCAGCGCAGUUCACUGCCAUGGAUUCGGCCGGCAUGUCAACCCAUCGUGCCACCUCCUUGGAAGCGGAUAGAGGCCAGCUCUUCCCUCUACCAGAAUCGCUCAGCUACGGCGAGUCGACUCAAACAGAUCGAUCCUUUUACUCGACCUCGGGCGACUACAGCGACGACUACUCUUCGCACCCCACUAUCAAGACUCCCACAAGCAUCGAGAUGGUCAGCCCAAUUGAACCAGCUUCGUCGUUUGAAUACUUGGCCCACGCUCCCCUCACUACUACUGAUGGUGCAGAGCAUCAUCGCACCACGGCAAUGUCGAUGCAGCACUCCAUCGGGCCAUACGAUACCUGGGCAGCGCCGACCUACAGGCAACAACCCCUGUACGGAUCCUACGACUACAGUGCCGCAGUGACCACGCAAGCGAUGUCCCAACCGGCCAUGCACUACCAGAUCCCAAUGGACGAGAUGCACGGCCUUCCCGAACUCACAUCCACCAGGAUGUCUCCCUUCCGCACCGGCUCUCUGGGCCACCCAACCCUCACCCACCAGUCUCCCGAGCGGCUGUGAAGAACAUUGCUCAGACGAAACGAUUACGCAACGAAUUUAUAUGAACCGCAUCAUUUUUCUAGCCUCUGUCUCAUACUUCAUUUACACAUGUUCUGUUUUGGGCUAGGGUUACCUUUUUCGCAUCUCCUUUAGUUUCCUUUUUGACCCAGAUGAUCGAGGGACAUUUGCGCACGAGCUUCUGUUUUCAUGGGUUUUAUGUACGUGGUUUAGAUUGUGGGAGGGAUUCCACUUUUUGUGAUAUUUUCUGAUGGCAAAGCGGGGUGGUCGAUCUGAUAGACUUCGGC